AUGGCUGGACAGCAAACCUCAAGUUUGGUGCUGCGAUGCGGCGUGCCCGAGUACGAAGAAAAUCGACAGCGUUAUUUCAACAGAGACGACACAAGCAGAUACCCCGCAGAAAUUCAUAUGGUAUAUUCCUGCCAUGAUGUUGCUACAGCUCUGCAGAGAGCGCGUGAUCUCAACGUCUCAGUAGGCGUCCGAUCAGGCGGUCACCUGCCAUCAAAACCCUCGUUGGUUGACGGCGGGGUCCUCAUCGACACCACUCACUUGAAUCACGAAGUCAAGUACGAUCCUAGCAGCCACGAGGUCAGCUUUGGACCAGCGGUCCGAGUAUAUGAGGCCUGGAAAGCGACCGAUGCCGUCGACAGAUUCUUCCCUUUUGGGCACGCACCCGACGUGGCACUCGGCGGGUUUUGCCUCGCCGGUGGCCAAGGGCUCUUCAUGCGCGGAUGGGGUGCCACAAUCACGGACUGGAUCGUGAGACUAGAAAUAGUCGUGCCUGACGGGCGGACUUUGAUGGCAAGUCGACAAGAAAAUCCCGAUCUUUUCUGGGCUGCCCGUGGUGGAGGACAGGCGUUCUUCGGUGUUGUAACUCGACUUUGGAGUCGCACUAUCCCUAAAAGGCAGCUCUUCUGGAGGUCGUUCACCUUUCACAUCGGAGAUCAUUUUGAGAAUCUACUCACAUUCGCCUUCGAACGAAAUAAAACGACACCAAAGAAGUUCACCGAAACCGCUGUCUGCGUUAUGCACCCGAAGCUCUUCGACGACUCCGCGGAUGAGGUGCUUUCUGAGUCCUCAGAGCUGAUACUGAUCGUCAAUGUUCUGGCCUACGCCGAUCACCUGAGUGAGGCCACGGAUAUGCUCCGCUGUUGGGAUCCGGUGCCGGAUGAGAUUCGCAGCAGUCUUAUUGAAGCCAAAGCUACCAGCCCGGUUAGCUGGGAUGAGUUCUUUAAGCUUCAGCGCCAAAUCAAUCCUGAAGCACCAGAUCAGAAAUGGGGUAUUCACAGCAUUCUCAACGACCCAUCAGUACCCCUCGAAAAGUUAAUAUCAGCAAUCAAACCAGCAAUGUGCGAACUACCCACAAGAUCCUCUUUUGGUUGCAUAUACAUGAGCGAUACCCUUAACCCUGACGAACGCGACGCUGUCUUCAGCCUGCCUCAGCAGUAUUACAUCUCAACCUUCACGGGGUGGAAGGAUCCCUCGCUAGUUCACAGUAUUCAAGAAAACAUGAAGAGAACGUAUGGCAAGGCUUCCACCAUUGCUUGUGGGAUGUACAUCGCCGACUAUGAUCAGUCAUCCGAUUCUCUGCACUCCCCAGAGCCCGACCUCGACGCAAACAUUGUCACCGGCAACAUCUACAGCCUCAAGUUCAACGAUCAGCUCAUCUUCAUCGUCUCCCAUCCCAACUGA